AUGACAGGGAGAAAGGUGAAACUGGCAUUCAUAGCCAAUGAUUGUGCCAGGAGGGCAUCGUAUAGAAGAAGGAAGAAGUCAAUGUUGAAGAAGAUUGAAGAACUGAGCACCCUUUGUGGAGUAGAAGCAUGUGCCAUAGUGUAUAGCCCCUUUGAUCAAGAGGCACAGAUUUGGCCAUCUGAAUCAGGUGUGCAGAAUGUGGUUGAAAAGUUCAGGACUAUGCCUGAAUGGAAGAAGCACAAGAUGGGGAAUCAGGAGAGUGUCAUGGAAAAGAGUAUUAUGAAGGGUAAAAGGAAGAUUGCGAAACUUGAAGAAGAGAAUAAGGAAAUGGAGAUUACCAUGUUCAUGUUUCAAUGCCUUGAUACAACUAGGGUUCAGCAUCAACAAAACAUGACUUUGGAAGAUUUGAAUCUUCUGUCAUCGGUGAUUGAACAGAAACUGAACGACGUUAGUAGAAGGUUGGAUUUGACAGAUGUUACUGAGGUACCAUACCAACCCCAGAUACAAACAUUUGUAGAUACUAAUCUUAAACUCUAA